UCUGUUACACUCCGACUCAAUAUUUUCGAUUCGUCAUAUCCGAAAAAACAUUUCUGUACCAAGGAGUAACCACAUUGAACUGCACUCUAUCAUGUUUAUUUCGGGUUAAGUUGUAAACCUAUUCUUUUAUAUCCACUUCAUACUCAAGUGUUUCUAUUUUUUAGUGUGUGAACAUAAAAUAUUCCAGUAUUUGAACGUAGAUGUCACACCCAAAAAUGAAUCGCUCCCAAUGAGAGAUUCGCUCGCCAUUUGCACACUUUGAAACCGUCGCGCGUGUCCGGAAAAGCUUGUUUCCCGCAAACAGUGAGGGAGUAAGGAACAACACAAAGACAACUGUAUGUUUUUUUUAAGUGACUACAAUAGAUGAAGCUAUAAUAGUUCAUGCCCAGAGACUGAGAGAGAACUGGAGAGACAAAACCACCCAGCUGCUGACAGAUUGGAGAUGGAAGGAGAUGAGUGUAGUGUCCCCCCAGACUUGUCAGAUGACCAGUCACAGAGGGGAAGUGUUGCUUCUUCUGCUACACUCUCCCACUCUCAAGAUGUGCUUAUAUACCUAUUUGGUGAUACCGCGGUUCACCUAUCAGUUGAAGGGCUCGGCAGUGUUACUGUGCAAGAGUUAGGACGCUCUGUCCGAGAGGCUCUCCACAUUCCCGAAUGUGCUCAGGAUGUCUUUGCCUUCUGGCUGUCUUCCCCCCUACUUGAGCUGCAGUUGAAGACGAGGCAUCAACCGUACAAGGUUUGUCGCCAGUGGCAAGACCUGCUGUAUCGCUUCACGGAAGCCUCAGAUGAAGACAUUUCACAAGAUGAGCCUUGUCUCCAGUACCGUCGGAAUGUCUUUUAUCCAAAAUCUAAAGAAUUGCAGAUAGAAGAUGAGGGAGUGCUGCGACUUCUAUAUGAAGAGGCGAAGAACAACAUCAUAAUGGGACGAUACCCCUGCGAUCCUGAACACUGGGCCUCUCUCGGAGGCUUGUCUCUUGCUUUUGAUGAAGGGACAGGCCUGGACAAGCAGACAGUGACUACUACUAUACGAGAGAAGAAGCUAUCUUCUUUCCUACCGGUGCACGUGGCUUUGGGAGGUGGAGGUUUAUUCUCUACGCUUCGGGGAAAGUCGAGCCGUCAGGCGGGUUUGGAGCAGAACCUUUUGGAGGAGUACAGAAAGAUAAACUUAUCUGGAGACUCACAGCGACACUCAGAGCUUCUACAACAGUACCUCAGCACAUGUCACUCACUGCCUUAUUAUGGGUGUGCUUUUUUUGAUGGGGAGAUUGACAAACCCACCCAAGGGAUCUUCCAAAGAGUGAAACGCAAAGCUGUCAAUGUGGGCAUCUCCUUGGAAGGCGUUUAUGUGAUGGACAUCAAGGAGAAGCAUGUGCUUCUCGGCCUACGCUUCAACGAGCUUUCCUGGGACCACAGCUACCCUGAAGAGGAGGGAGACUCGCACAUUCUGUGGCUUGAGUUUGAUGGCAAUGAAGAUGGCACUCCAGUCAACAAGUUGCUGAAGAUUUACUCCAAACAAGCAGAGCUCAUGAGUGGCUUCAUCGAGUUCUGCGUGGAGUUGAAGUCAAUGUCUGAGGGAGCAGCCGCAUCAGAAAUGGAUGGAGAUGCAAGUCGGUCACAACAAGCCUCUGCACAAGAUGACGGCAGCAAGAAUGGACGCGGGGGACGGCGAGGGAUGUUGCGCCGUCAAAGCAGCGUCGUGUGCAGCCGCGUCCAUUCGCUUAACACCAUAAACUACGUCGACAACGGUAAAGAAAUCAAAUGCUUAAAGCCCAAAAGAGCUGCAUCCUUUUUCACACGUCAGGCAACUACACCAAUGUACACUUCUGUACAAGUGACAGAUAGCGUGGAACAGGGUUAAAGCUGCCACCUCACGUCAGCGUUGCCUCCUGCUUGCAAAGACCAAAACAGAACAUUUAAAGGAGAAGUUGGACUGGAGAUUGACACAAAAACAUUUUAACAUACUUUGGACCAAGUGAGGGAUAUUAGUUUGACCAUAUUUAUCUUUUGAAGUUGUGUAUAUUUUCUAGAUGUGUUAAUGUGAACACCAAGUGUUUUUGUUAGUUGACAUGCCUGAAAGGGUCGCAAGGGUAGUCGGCAUUAAGUGCUGACAACAGCCUAAAUACAUUGAGAAAAGCCUUAGAAAUAUCUGAUAUUGAUGAUUGUCGUAUGAACCCUUUGACUCUUCUCCAAGUGCUUAUGAGUAAGCUUCAAUAACCUCACUUCAACAUUACUCCAGAUAUCCAGUGUAAAAACUUACCAUCACAACUUAUAUGAAUACUCAUCCUCAAAAAAUUCAGGACAUAUCCUUUCAAGUCUAUUGUCUGCUUUCUUUUUACUGUCAGUGCCUUGAUUCAGUAAAGGGCAGCAAAAAGACAUUUUUAGGAAUGAUGCCUUUUAGUUCUAUUUCAUCCCUGUGUCUCUAGAGUGAGCCUGGAUCGAGAGUAAACUUGGAACACUUGGAACAGUCAUAACUGCCUAAAAUUUAAACUGAUCUAGGGAAACUGAUGUUUUACCAUGUUACUAAAAACUCGGAGGAGAGAUGUAUCAUCAAACCGAUAAUGAGCAAACAAUGCCGCCUCUCUAAUGGACUUCAAAGAAAGUAUAGCUCAUGCCACUUGAACCAAUCAUCCUUGAAGCCAUGCUAACAUGAGUUUACCAGUACCGUACUUGGUUUCCAUGCAAAUAACCAACUCAAUUGUACUUUUCUAUGUCAUUGUUCAGGCUGGUCUUUAACUCAUUGGCUCCUUUGACGGCGAUAGACGUCCAAUCCAUUUGAACCGGGAGCGUUGGCAGCGAAUGAACGUUCAUUCGAUUCAAAUGAAUUGGACGUCUUCCAGUGACAAACUAAUUUGAAGAGUCCCAUUGUAGAAUAGCCAUUCCAGUUCAUGUUACUUAGCUAUAAGACUGCACUGUUUAUAUAUCCUUUGUUUUGUGUGUUGGUAUUGUCACAUUCAUAUGUUUGUACACAAGAUUGGAGUUUGUUUCCUUUUUAACAGUCACUUUGCAGAAGCAUCAAGUGCCUUUCACGUGUUUUCCGUUUGUUUCCUUGUGGCUAUAAGCCGCUGAAUCAGCCAUCAAUGGCGUUUGCCUUUUGUUUGACCUUUACACUGUGUACUAUUUCUCAUAAUUAUCAACCUUCUUCCUGCUGACUGGCUCUAUAGGUUUGAUAGGCAGUAGGAAGAUGUUUGUUUUUUUCAGCCAGCAGGUCUUUUUUUUUUUUUUUAAGCUAUUUUUCAUCUUCCAGCGCAUCUUUUAAGUGUUUUAACAAUUGCACAUCGUAGAGAGUGAGUGUAAGGAAGUCAUUGACCAUGCACAGUUGUACCCGACUUGAGAUUUUCUGGCGUUUGUUAAAUUACACUAUAUUAUUUAUAACAUGUAUAUUUUAAAUUAUGUAUUUUUCACAAAGGGUCAUUCAGUUUUUUUGUUUUUUUUAAAGGAUAUUCGGAAUAUUUUGGGGGGGUUUUAAGAAUUUGAGGGCAAGCUUGCUAGUUUCUGAUCUUUUGUGACAAUAUAUAUAUUUCCAUUCAACCAACCGGAGAAGGGAAACCAGUUUAAUUACUUGAGGCAUUUCCCUGUACCUAUUCAUUCUGCCAGUAUAAGGAAUGCCUGUUAUGUACUGCUUAGACCACUAUCAUUUCAUCAAAAAGUUUUACAUUAUAUCAUGGUGUUUUUGAUGUACAUCACCUUCAUAGAUUUGUUGCAUACAAUUUUGUCUAACUUUGAAACCUAUUAAAGUUACUUUUA